AUGAGCAUGAUCGACGUGGCACUCACAGGCAUCCCGUUGAGACUGAGCAACGAGACGCAGCUCAGAGGCAGUAGGGCACACGGAGGUAUCACGCUCACGCUUGUGAGCCAGCUUCGCUCUUACCAGGAUUGGGCGUCGAGGAACAUAGGCAUCCGGCACAAGUGUACAUUGCGGAUGGGCGGCUUGAUCACACCUCUACUACGUGCCGUCGGUUUCACCCCCGAUACAGAGGAGGAUGUCGCACCACCCGAGGGGCUCGACCUCGAGUACCUGAGGAACAUCGUCUUCCUGCAGAAGACGUCAGACGACAGACAGCUCCUCUAUCAGUUCCUACAACUUCAGCUCGGCGCUUCCCGCAUGAUGCUUCCCAGCCCCAGCUGGACCACGAUCACAGGAGGGUCCAACGUCGAGUUCAACCCACCUCAGUCCGCUCUUUACACAAGAGAUCGACCGUCCGCCAGAAACUACGCCACACCUCCGGCGACCACACACCGCGGUGAUCGAUCACACGCAGAGCUUGACACCACGCAGACGGACGAGCUCGACCACUUCCACUUCGCGGGCUACACCACCACUGCCAGACAGAGCGCUGGACAGAAGGCGGCUCACCAGCACAUCAUUAUUCUCCAGCGGUGGAACAGGACGCAGGACAAGAUCACCAGCAAGCUCAAGAGCAAGAUGAAGAAGAUGGCUGAUCAGAUCCGUACCAUGCAGGACAAGCUGAGUUGUGUUGCCUCAGCUUCCGGGGGUGUACAAAGGACCGCAGUUGGCCACACCACGACACCACUGGCGGUCGCCCACUACCUCCUAACCCGCCACUCUUCCUUCGAGCCGCGACAACAGCGGAAGAGGCGCCACCAGGAGCACCACACAGCGAGACCGUCAGACGCACGAGUUGACGCUGACUUGCCAUUCCGGCGAUGCAGCUCUGUCUCCAGACAGACGGCUCCAACGGAUCAUCACACUCCGCCGACGAGGGCUCCACCGGACCAGUACGUGCCGUACAGCACGGAGCGAGCUGCGCCUACCACCAUCCCUCCAUACACACACGAGAGCAUGCAGGAGGAUCUCGACGAGAUCAUGCACGACCGUCGUUGA